UAAUAGACUAAAGAUUCGGUUUGUUUCAAGCACGAAUAUACUGUAGCCAGCAAGCAAGCUAACAUAAUGCUGGAGUCUUAGAAGCAGGCUGAUUCACACCAUGAAUUGACUAUGUAUCACUGUAGAAGACAACAUCAUGUUAAGCAAAGCAACCACCAAAAUUAGCAAGAGAGAUGUGAACGUCAACAAUCUUUAUAAAUACAUCUUCCUUGUUUUUGCACUCCCUUGAGCUCCCUCCAGUUCCUCCGGGAAUGAUGACAUCUGCCACCUGUACAGUAACAACCACCUUAAUUGAUACCCAGACUCUGUUUUCAAUGCAGGAGGCCACAGAAACACAUGGAGCAGGUUACAUUUUAAUUGGCUGGAUCCCCAUGGGGAACUGUUGGAAGUGUAGGUUCCUUACAGAGAGCUUCACUUGAUCACGGAACGCCAAAGUGCUUGCUUGGCUUGUCCCUUCCAUCUGUUUGGAUUGCGUGGAACAGGAUAAUCGCUCCCAAGUUCGUUCCUGUCUGUUUGUGUGUAUGUGUGUUUAUCAGGGAUGCAAAACCUCACGCCAGAUCAAUGGCGCGAGAUCAUGAACAAGAAAAUGCAGUUCCCGCCAGAGCUCAUCGGCGCCAUCCAGGAAGGGAAAAUCGAGCUGGUCUGCGCUCUGCUCAAAACCGGCGAUGGCAUCGUCCGCCAGCUGGACGACUCUGAAGAUCGCCUUUGGAGGGAGGCCCUCAACCUGUCCAUCCGCCUGGGAAGUGACUGCGUCAUGGACGCGCUCCUCCACGGGGUCAAGUUUGAUUUCCGUCAGAUUCACGAAGCCCUGCUCGUCGCCGUGGACACCAACCAGCCGCGAGUGGUCAAGCUCCUGCUGGACCGCCUGGAUCAGGAGAAGGGAAACAAAAUGGACGUGCGCUCCUUCUCUCAAGCGAUCUUCGACCGCUCCAUUGACAACUCGCAGUUUGCCCCCGGCGUGACCCCGCUGACCCUGGCGUGCCAGAAAGAUUUGUACGACAUCGUCACCAUGCUCACCCAAAAGGGUCACGUCAUCCCGUGGCCGCACAAGAUAUCCUGCGCCUGCCUGGAGUGCCGCAACGGGCGUCAGUACGACCUGCUCAAGUUCUCCCUGUCUCGCAUCAACACCUACCGCGGCAUCGCCAGCCGCGCCUACCUCUCCAUCACUUCUGACGACGCCAUGCUCAGCGCUUUCAGUCUCAGCAGAGAGCUCCGCAAACUCUCUCGUAACGAGCCGGAGUUCAAGCCUCAGUAUUUGGGCUUGGAGGAGCUUUGUCAAGAGUUUGCCGUGGAGUUGCUGGGUAUGUGUCGCAACCAGAGUGAGGUGACCACCAUUCUCAACAGCUGCGGAGACGAGAGCCAAGAGGCUUUGGACGAGCAGGCCUUCGAGGAGGGCAUCCCAAACCUGUCAAGACUGCGCCUCGCCGUCAACUACAACCAGAAGCAGUUUGUCGCCCACCCCAUCUGCCAACAAGUUCUGUCUUCAAUCUGGUGUGGCAACCUGGCGGGUUGGAGAGGUAGCAGGACUGCUUGGAAGCUCUUUGUCUCUGUUGGGAUCUUUUUCACAAUGCCCUUCCUCUGCCUCGCCUACUGGAUUGCACCGAAGUCAAAGGUGGGAAAGAUACUCAGGACGCCUGUCAUCAAGUUCCUUCUUCACUCCGCCUCCUACCUGUGGUUCCUCAUCACCUUACUCGGUGAAUCGAUCACCAUGGAGCUGUAUCGGGAGAAGUUUGCGGCGCGGCAACAGAACAUCCUGCACAGCUCCUUCCACAUGGUUUGGGUGGUCGGUUUCUUUUGGUAUGAGUGCAAGGAAGUGUGGAUCGAGGGCCUGAGGAGUUACUUCCUGGAUUGGUGGAACUGCUUGGACAUGAUGGUGCUCAGCAUGUACUUGGCCUCCUUCGCCUUACGCGUGCUCAUCAUGCUCAAGGGUCAUUUCCUCUGUCAUGACAGUAAUGGCUCGGCCGAAUGCGUCUACUUCAACCAGACGGUGCGUGACGACUGGCAUCAGGAGGACCCGCAGCUGAUCGCGGAGGUCCUGUUCGCAGUGACGAGCAUGAUGAGCUUCACCAGGCUGGCCUACAUUCUCCCGGCGCACGAGUCCCUCGGAACGCUCCAGAUAUCCAUCGGCAAGAUGAUCGAUGACAUGAUGAGAUUCAUGUUCAUACUCAUGAUCAUCGGAACGGCCUUCCUAUGCGGUAUCAACAAUGUCUACGUCCCUUAUGUCAUCUCUCCACAUCUUGGCAGGUUUAAUGAGACCUUUCACUUUCUUUUCUGGACCAUGUUCGGUGUGGCCAACCAGGACUACGUGGACAUGCCGCAGUUCGUACUGGCUGAAUUUGUUGGACGGAUUCUGUACGGCAUCUUCACGCUUCUCAUUGUCAUCGUCUUACUCAACAUGCUUAUUGCAAUGAUCACCAACUCCUUUCAGAAAAUCGAGGACGAUGCAGAUGUGGAGUGGAAGUUUGCCAGGUCCAAGCUGUAUCUCAGUUACUUCAGAGAGGGACUCACCAUCCCUGUCCCGUUCAACAUCAUCCCAUCACCCAAAGCUUUCUUUUACACAUUAAGGGGCAUCUUUCAGCGUAUCUGCUGUUGCAUAAACUGCGAUUCUGCGAAAUACCCACCAAUUGCUUCUUUGGGCUCAGAGGAAAGCCAGGUUCCGUACCGCCAGCAGGUGAUCAGAGCUCUGGUGCAGCGCUACAUCGAGUCGGCUCGCAGGGAGUUUGAAGAGACCAAGAGGAAAGAUAUUGGUAAUCGCGUCACUGAGCUGAGCAAAGCCAUCCAGAGGAUGCACAAUGACCUGAAAGUUGUCCACCAGCAUUUGCUCGAUGAGGGACACCCCGCGGGUGAUCCGUCGUCCAAGGGCGGCUCGUCUUUCCUCGGCAAAUACAUCAUCGGCGCCAAAAACAAUUUCAGAGCCUUUAACAGCCAGCCGGAUGAGAAAACUAUGUCCCGUGAUGUAACGGUGCAUCACGAGGCGGAAGAGGAGGAUGAAAUAAAAGACCAAUCAGAUGUGAAGGAGUCAGACGGGCAUCACUGGGGCCAGUGUGAAGAGGCGAGAUCAGGGCCGGUGUCGCGCGGAGAUUUAAUGAAGAUGGAGGAGGGUAGAGUUCAACUGGAAAAAGAGCAGCUCGACACUAAUAUAAGUGAAAAGCCGGAGGAGAUCGCCGCGGGGCCACAUUUAAAUCCAGAAGAAGAAAAUGCGAUACUUUCUGAGAGCCCUAAAGGAGUUCAAAAAGUCAUCAACGAGGAGGCUGACGCAGAGAACAUGGUUAAUCCGUUUAAAGAUAUCGAGCGAGAAGAAAAGAAAGUGGAGGCCACAUGGAUGAAAGGGCGACAGUUUGAGCUGAAUAACCGCAAAGGAUGUGAUGACGGUGAAAAUCCUUUGAGUCAGACGACAAUACCGUCACCACCUGGUAGCAGCAGCUCCGGGGACACAGGAUUUGGUUCCGAAGAUGGGGAGGCAUCCAUUGAUGAGACCGGCGGCAAGACAGUCGUUGAGUAAGAUAUUUGGCACUUGUCCAUAUCCAUUUCAUUUCAGUCCAUAAACAGAUGUUUAGGUAAUAAACAGAUAUUUGAACUCAAAUGGUGGAGCAAAACAUGUAGACAGACAAAAAUGAUCAUUAUUUCAUUUCAUUUCUAUCCUGUGACAAACUGUUAAUAUUCUUGCAAGUUACAAAGGAGUUUUGACUGACUCCAUGUAUGUCUGCUUCUCUGUAUUAACCUGGGCGGCACGGUGUGCGCCUGGUGAGCAUGUCCGCCUGACAGUGCAGAGGUGCAGGGUUUGAUUCCGGCUCCCGCCUUCCUAUGUGGAGUUUGCAUGUUCUCCCCUUUGUCUGUGUGAGUUUCCUAUGUCUUAUUUGCUUUUGAGUUUCUAGAAAAGUGCUGCAUAAAACUCAUGUAUUAUUAUUGACAUUUCCCAAGACAAUUAAAUUGAGUUUUACAAAAUGCCUACUGUUUCGUUUCAUUAACAAGGACACACAUGUUUGUUCUGCAGGCGGACCCGUAAUGCCAAAGGGUAACGGUGCAGGUCUCAGCUUGCUUCACACGUUCUGCUCCCACAAGGUCGCCUUUGUUAAUUUAUCACCUGAAGCAUGUCGCUGUGGCACUUCGCAUCCAACCUCCACCGGUGGAAAACAUGCCGGUGUUGUUUGGAUCUCGAUUUCCCUGUCUGGUAACUCAAGCAACCACACAACUGCAAUGUCGUUCAUG